AUGAAUGAUGGAGCUUCUCAAUUGGAAUCCACUGAACUCUGGUCCUCGCUGUUAAAAUCAGCGGGAGCUGUCUCUGCUACUCCCUCAGCAGCGCUUCUACUAUUAGGGCCGAGAGAACCCUCACAAACUCAAUUUAUAACCAGAAUUCAGAACGAAUCUCAGGAUCCUAAUGCACCCAGAAUAGCUAAUAAAGUGGGUCUGGGGUAUACAUAUGUCGACUUCAAGGAUGAUAAUGAUGAUGAUUUGUCUCACCUCGAUAUUUACACUUUGGAGACUGGUUCAUUGCAGGAUAUUAGUUCUGAUGAGAGUGAAGAAUCUCAAUCAACAAUUACGGAACAAGAAUUCAAUGGUGGUGAUGAGUCAACCGAAUAUGAGUCGCAGCACGAAUCAGGAAUAUCUGGUAACCAAUCUAAACGUUGCAAACAUACUUCAGCCGUUAUAUAUGUGAAGCAGGUACUGUCAAGAGUUGACUCGCUUAAACAGCGAUUGCUAAUAGGUGUUCUUUUUGACUGGAGCGAUGAUUUCCGUCUAUGGGCUGGUCAGCUUCGUGAUUGGAUUGACGUUAUCAAGGAGGCAGCCGCUGAUUUCGACACGCAAUCAACAAUUAAUGAUCUUCAAAUGCGACUUCAAACGUAUUCUCCACCACAGGGUCCUGCUAUUUCUAACACUAAUGUCACAUUAUUUUCAAGUCCUUUUACGAAUAAACCUGCUUCUUCCGAGCCUGGACCUACCUCUGCAGAAUCGACGGCGGGUGACAUGGCUGAAAAGUCUAUAGCCCCUUUUUCGAAUAUCAAGCUACCUCUUGAAAAAGGACAGUACGACAUGCCAUUAGGCUUUGACUUACUAAUAGGGACCAUUAGAUCGGAGAAGCUGUCGUCAGGCACAACACUUUCAACAUCUUCUACCAGUUUUCCGCGAUUUUCAGAAGACACUGUAGAUUAUAUACAGCAAUUUCUACGGACGGUGGCAUUAAAGCAUGGUGGCUCAGUUGUAUACACACCCUAUUCCUUAGAUAUUCCCUUCGAUGGCCUUACCGAUAUACUUUCAGAGCGUCUUCAAAUUCCAAUCUUCUCAAAGGCUCAGAAGUUAGUGGCCCCGACUUUAUGUAGAAGAGCUGUGCCCAAUAUUGUAGAUGUUGAUCGAUUAGUUGUUCCAGCUGGCUGGGAUUCGCGAGGGAAAAUAUUGGCUCUACGGGACGGUUUUGAAAUUGAUGAAAUCAGCGACAAUUGGAUGAAAUUGAAUGCCGAUUCCAGCGUUCAUCACUACGAAGAAAUGGUUGUUUCUGACUCUAAUUCAACUUCCACAAGAAAGGAAGAACCAGUAACUCUAAUAGACUUCCAAGAACUUUUAAGAAGUCGUUAUAUUAUGCAGAAGAAAGAUCCAGGUAAUACUGCCGCUGCAGCAUCCCCCCAAACACCACUAAGAGGCCGUGUAAACGAUAACAAUCCACCGAAGCAAUCAGGAACUAUUGGUGGUAUUCAAUUGGAAAGUGUUGAAGAAAUGGUCAGAAGACUCAAAGUAAGACAAGCAGCGGCCCCAGAUUCGCCCAGUACCCCUGACCGAUCUGGCGAAAGAUCCGAGUCUACCACGCCUAACUCUUCAAAUCAAAACAAAGUUCUCGCAAACUUCUUUCAGCAUCUACUUACCAAGCAUAAUAGCCCUGGGGGCCCUGAUGAUAUAUAA